CUCGCCCCUCCCCGCCCGGAGCCCGGAUGAAGAGUAACGCCAUUAUCGCUGGAGCCGCCGAGAGCUCUCGCGGACGGCGAGUGGACACUGGACCGGCCGCGCCAUGAGACUCCUCCCACGGCUGCUUCUGCUUCUCUUGCUGGUGUUCCCUGUCACUGUCUUGCUGCGAGGCGGCCCUAGAGGCUUAGUAGCAGCAGCUCAAGAUCUUACAGAAGAUGAAGAAACAGUGGAAGAUUCAAUAAUUGAAGAUGAAGAUGAUGAAGCAGAAGUGGAAGAAGAUGAACCCACAGAUUUGGUAGAAGAUAAAGAGGAAGAAGAUGUAUCUGGUGAACCUGAAGCUUCACCAAGCGCAGAUACAACUAUCCUAUUUGUGAAAGGAGAAGAUUUUCCAGCAAAUAACAUUGUGAAAUUCCUGGUAGGCUUUACAAACAAGGGUACAGAAGAUUUUAUUGUUGAAUCCCUAGAUGCCUCAUUCCGUUAUCCUCAGGACUACCAGUUUUAUAUCCAGAAUUUCACAGCUCUCCCUCUGAACACUGUAGUGCCACCCCAGAGACAGGCAACUUUUGAGUACUCCUUCAUUCCUGCAGAGCCCAUGGGCGGACGACCCUUUGGUUUAGUCAUCAAUCUGAACUACAAAGAUUUGAAUGGCAAUGUAUUUCAAGAUGCUGUCUUCAAUCAAACAGUUACAAUUAUUGAAAGAGAGGAUGGGUUAGAUGGAGAAACUAUCUUUAUGUAUAUGUUCCUUGCGGGUCUUGGGCUCUUGGUUGUUGUUGGCCUUCAUCAACUCCUGGAAUCUAGAAAGCGCAAGAGACCCAUACAGAAAGUAGAGAUGGGUACAUCAAGUCAGAAUGAUGUUGAUAUGAGUUGGAUUCCUCAGGAAACUUUGAAUCAGAUCAAUAAAGCUUCACCAAGAAGGUUGCCCAGGAAACGGGCACAGAAGAGAUCAGUGGGAUCUGAUGAGUAAAUGUUCCUUUGUGCAACAAUUCAGUCUUUACUUAACCUGCCCUAAUGUUUUUCGGCCUGAUGGAAAUUAGUGCAGAGAAGCCAUAUCACCAUAGAAGGCAACUACUACUUAUGUGUGGACUGAGCAAUCAGAGUCUGUGGCGAUAAUAUUGUUGAAAGUGCACUGCAUUCAUUUUUCUAAAGUAACAAAUUUUUUUAAACCAUUAAAAUCUAUGUGUGUGCAUGUGUAUGUAUGUGAGCAGUUGGUGUUACCAGAAUCAUUGUUGAACUACCUGAAGCAUGCCUUUAGAAUACUGAAUAUAAUGCUCUUGUGUCUCUUGUUAAUAUUUUCUGGUAUUUUCUCCCAAAAGUCAGUAUUUGUCCAGUAUGAUUGUAUAUGUCCCACUUUGGACUGUCUAAAGAAAACAAUUUGUUUCUUCCUUAGAAUCCCAGUUGAUGGCACAAAUUAGCAUUGGUUGUUAUUGUUGCUGUCUUACAACUAGUAGUAUUCUAAAGGCAUAAGCAGGAGCAGCUGCUUUUUAGCAAUAGAGUUGUUUUGGUAUUUUGCUGCUGUUUACUAUAAUAUGCACCUUCAAAACACUUCCCAAAUGAGUUCAAGAGAUUUGAGGAUCUCUAGAAACAAAAUUGUGAAACAUGAAAAUUCUGCCGAUUUUGAUAUGUAUCAAAUCAACCACAUUUUUUUUAACAAAAAGAAAAUGGUAUGUUUGUAGAAACUGAGUUGUUUUGUCCAUUGUUGUUUUAUUUCUUGCCCAAGGGAUAGCCUUGGAAUGAUUUUAGACCUACUGAGGGUUUUUUGUUUAUUUUUUUAAUUUGUUUUUUAGAGAUCUUUUGUCUCCUUAAUAGAAGCAUUUUGCCUAAGAAAUGUUGCCUUGGCUAUAGAUUAAGCAAAAGGUCAAUAUAGGGGCAGAGAUAUAUUUCAACUAAUUCUAAUCUGUUAAAAAAUUAGUUGGGUAUUUUUUAAAUGGUUAACCAGUUGUUUUUUAUCUAAUCCUUUGGGGAUUUUGGUUGUUGAUAACAACCUUUUUUUAGUUAAUCUGAAGAAUUCAAAAAUUUUAAGUAUUCAGUAUCUAAAAACCAAAAUAAAUUGGAUUUCAUAAAAUCCUCUUAGAGAGUUAGUCUUGUCCUAGGUAAUAAAUUAAGUUUGGCAUUAUUGUCAGACUGAAUAAAGGGUAAAGUACAAUAGUAUGUGCAAAUAAGAGGCUUUUCCCUCUGUCUUUAAGCCAUAUUCUUCCACAUAUAUUUUGUAAGAAAAUGGUAAGUGAAAUCUUAGUGGCUGUUAAAUUCUUGGUUGUCUCUGUUAUAGUGAACCGACUACUCUCAUUAUAAUCCCCACCUGCACCCAUCCCCACACAAAAACAGCAAAAUACACACAAAAAAAACUUUCCAAAUUGUUUAAGCAUUUAAAACAUCUGAGCCAAAGUCGGUGACAAUAAAAUAGAAGUCAUUGUAUAGUUAGUUACUAAUCGCAUUGCAAGUAGGGGUGAAGGUGUCAAAUUAUGUAUGUUGGCAUUGCUGAAUUAUAAACUUUCUAUACCUGUAAUAUAAAGUGUUGGAGUUUUUAAUUGGGCUGUAUGAUCAGUAGUUUAUUUUGAAAAAGCUCUAUGAGCUCUAAGAAACUGCAUGGUUUUUUGUUUAAUGUAAUAAGGAGACCCCUCUACCUUUCCAAGGAAUAUAUUCCCAGAUAUUUUUGUGAAAUUCCAAGAUUGUGAAACUAUUAGAACAUAAUGCAGUAAGAUGUAAUUGAAAAAUCUCAGUGACCUCUAGAGAAUUUUAUUGAAUACCUGGUGAUACUGAGGCAAUGGCAAAGCCACAUUGAGUUACAGGUGCCAACCCUCUGACUCCCAAGUAAUUUGCCCUACAUACUAGCCCUUCCACUUCUGAGGUUCAAGUUAGUGCCUCAGAAAUUAUUUGUCAUUUUUAUUUUUUAUUUUUAUUUUUUUUUAAGCAUAGAUUGGGAACACUUGAAAACUCAGAUGCCAGGGGUCUUCUCUAAUGUCAGUAAGUGUUUAGCAGAAACUAACUCCAUAGUAAAUGGAAUUCAAUUCCACACAUGGUUUGUUCAAGCACACUUAAUAAGUAGCCUAAUUUUUAAAUGUAAAUAUUUGAAUGAAGUUUUUGUUUGUUUUGAUAUAUUCAUUUGUUACAUGGACCAUGGUUUCAGAAUUAACCUUUUGAACAACUUGGUUUCAGAAUCUGUAAAAUGAACUAAGAAUCUUGUGUAUCAAUUCAGACUUGAGAGUAUGUGUUUAUAAAGCGUGGAUCUUGCUUUGGUUGUAUAGCUUCAUCAUUCAUUUCAUGGAUUUCAAUAGCAAGUGACUUUAAACUUGUCUCUGCCAUCUAAGGUGCCCCUAGCAGGUGAGGAGGGAAGUGGGGCCUACAAGGUAAGAAGCCUGUGGACAGCGGAUCAGAAGGAGCCUUGACUUGAUGGUGUUAGUAAUGUUUUUAAUUCUAAAUAAGCUUCAUAAAAUAGUGACAUUGACAGAAAAAGGCAAAUUGAGCUCUUAAAUAUAUAUUUAAAAGUCACUGCCUUAAAGGUGUAUUUGCAAUGCAUCAACCUGCAAUUGUAUUUUGGCUCUGUUUGGGAGAAGUACUGUAUUUUUCAGACUAUAAGAUAUACCUUUUUUACCACAUUUUUUGCUUCAAAAUUUUUUUCUCUAUUUUCCUCCUCUAAACCCUAGGUGCGUCUUAUGGUGCAGACCCCAGAUACACCUAGAUUUUAGAAGGGGAAAAUUUUUGAAGCAAAAAAAUGUGGUUAAAAAAAGUGGUCUUAUAGUCUGAAAAAUAUGGUAAAUGGUAGUGUGAUGUCAAAACUUUCCUUUAAUGACUUGAGUUAUUUUAGAACUACAGUAGUAGAUAAAUGUAAUAUCAUAGACAAGGCUCUUCUUAUGUAGCACUUAUAUUUGGUUGUACUUGGAAUGAAGAAAAAUUUAAUUGUUUAGUGCAUUUAAAUAAUGAUUUUUUUUAACCAUGAACUUGGCAGUUGUCUCUCAUCAAGAUUUUUAUAGGGUACACCCUUGAUUUUUCAGUCUUUAUUUUAGUUCUAGAAUUAGAUGUUAGCUUAAAUUUUAAAACACCUUGAUAACCUGAAGUAAUUUACCAGUUUGGGACAGCACCAUUUAUAGCUGUAAAAUUAAUAAAUUUCUUCUGAUUUUAUUAAAUAAUAUCCUACCCUUUUUU